AGAGAGAGAGAAGAGAAGAGAAGAGAAGAGAAGAGAAGUCGAGGAAAAGACAGGAACGGUAGUAGCAACCUGGGCAGUUCCUCACGCGCGCGGGUGCAGGUGCACAUCGAAGAGGAGGCCGGCCCGGUGCUGAAUGUGUGUGUCUGUGGGUGCAUGAAAAUUCAGCGUGUAUGUUCCUUGAUUUUUUCGUGGAUCGGUGCGUGAGUAAUUGACCAAAAGAACUAAGGAGAAAAGUAUAAGGAAAGAAUGUUAAAAAAAAUUGUCAAGACAAGAAAAUUAAAAGAUUCGAGUCGAGUGAACGAGUGAAAGAAACAGAAGGAAGAGCGCGCGCGCAAGGGAGAGAGAGAGAGAAAGAAAGAGAGAGAAAAAGAGUGAGCAGGACUUGACCUCGCCCACCCUAAAUCUAAGUGAGCUAGCGAGCGAGCUUUCCCAAGAAAAACAGUUCGAAGAGAAUCAACGAGAAGAGACUUUUAAGUUACAAUAGCAACGUAUGACGAUUAAAGUCUUCGAUUACUUCCCAAUUAACGAGAUAAGAAAGAUUAAAAGAAAGGAAAGAUGCGGUAUAUCUGAUAAUGUGAACUGUGUGAUUUCCGACGCCAUGUCCCAGACACUGAAAACUUCAAACGAGGAGUCUUACCUGAAUUCCGGCAGGCCGUCGAAAUUGUUGAGAACCAACUUCAGUAACGUCAAGCUCGAGCGGCUCUAUCGUGCUUCGUCCCUUCAACAGAGACGCGGUGGCCUUCAGUGCUUCCUCUUAUCAGCUGUUCUUUACGGAGCUUAUACGGUAGCCUCACCUGAGCCGGAACUACCGGCUCGAGGACUCACGGUUGUCUUCCUCGGUCUGAACCUGGGUUUACUGGCAUGGGCGGGACACGGAACACGGGCCAGAGACGGCUUGUGGGCCGCCGUUCCCCACGUGGCAUGGUGGCUUUCUACCGGACAGUUGCUCGCUCAACUGUUUCUCAAAUCGGGCGAGGUCACGCCCAGGGAUGGACUAGGAUGGUUCCUGCUGUUCCUUUAUCUCUUAUUCGCUACUCUACCCCUUAGACUAUCCUUCUGCUUCUUGUUGGCGUUCGCUACGGCUGCGGCUUACAUGGUCACCGUCUUUAGACUCUCCAGAAUGUCGAUCUUCACUAUCAUCGACGUUCUGAUCCUGACGGUGACACUCUCCGCUGGCGUCGCUAUUUUGGGUGCUUCCAGCUACUCCCUGGCGGAGUUCCAACAACGUCGAGCCUUUCUGGAGACAAGACAAAGCUUGGAAGUGCAAUUGGUGAUCGAGGAACAAAGCGCGGAACAGGAAAGGCUACUUCUCAGUGUCCUGCCGGAACAUGUGGCCGUCAAAAUGCGACAGGAUUUGGGAGCGUGCAUGGACACGCAGUUCAAGAAAAUCUAUAUGUCGAGACACGAGAAUGUCUCGAUACUUUACGCCGAUAUCGUUGGUUUCACAGCGAUAUCAUCGACCUACAGUGCGAGCGAAUUGGUCAAAAUACUCAACGAGCUGUUCGCACGAUUCGAUCAACUCAGCGAACGAUAUGAACAGUUACGCAUCAAAAUCCUUGGUGAUUGUUACUAUUGCAUAAGCGGUGCACCCGUCGAGAGGUCGGACCAUGCGGUGCUUUGCGUGCACAUGGGUCUCUCGAUGGUCGAGGCUAUAAAAUACGUUCGACAGACGACCAAUAGUCCCGUCGACAUGAGGGUAGGCAUACAUACAGGCGCAGUUCUAGCUGGCGUUCUUGGUCAACGGCAAUGGCAAUUCGACGUUUACAGUAAAGACGUUGAACUUGCUAAUAAAAUGGAGAGCAGCGGAAAAGCCGGGAGAGUUCAUGUUUCCAACGUGACUUUGAGUUUCCUCAACCACGAAUUUGAAAUCGAGCCGGCGUUUGGCGAGCAAAGAGAAGACGCGCUUAAGAAGGCUGGAAUCGUCACCUACUUCAUAGUCAGAGCUUUAAAACCUUUUAAACCAGCGAUAACGAAAAGCCUGGCAUCGUUGAACGACGAAUCUUCUCAAAAAAUAAUGGAUGACAAUCAGGAAAAGAAAAAUAGCAAAGAAGACUCCGAGGAGUUCACGCAAAGAUUGAGAAAGGAAUUGGAUAACAAAGGUGGGGGUGCCGACCUGAAGGGUUACGCAUCGUGGUUGACGUUGCAUUUCAAGGAUCCGAUUCUGGAAAGAGCCUUUCAAAGCGCCGAGGAAACUUUCUCACCUUUAUCUGUGUUAGGUGGACCUUUGGUGAUGGUAUGUGCAUCACCGCUAUGGAGAUUACAGCCAUGGGGACCUUUUACUUGGGGUGGUGCAGGAGUGGUUAUUCUCUUCGGAAUCGUUCUAGCAGGUGCUACGUGUCUUGGAAGUGCAAUAAGAGCGACAUGGUUGAGGAGAAUCCUUACGUUGCUGAUGAUUUUGUCUCUCAGCGACUUCUUACUUCUCGACAUGGGUAACUGUGCGAUCAUCGAAGAAGAAAAACCAAAAGGAAACAUGUCGAACUGGCAACUUCCUUUACGUUGUCCCUAUCCUUCCUAUUACUCUUACAUCGGUGUGUUUGCUCUGAUAGCGAUUUCUAUGCCAACGUAUCUUUGCUAUAUUGGAAAGGCAUUGCUGAUGUACCUUCUGGCCGGUGCGCAAUGUUUUAUCAAUAUAGUAUUCCUCAAAUCUAGCCUGGAAAGGGAGGAUAUGGCAACCUCACCACCUGGUCCAAUUUCAUUUCCUUUAAGAUAUUCCUUGUCGGUUACUCUGUUCAUCGUCGCUACUUCCUUGGUCAUCGUAGCUAGAUACACCGAGAAAGCGAGGAGAAUGCUGUAUCUUCGUGGACGAGAGGUAGCAGCUCAGAGAGAAAGAGCCGCUGAUAUGAAACGAAGGAAUGGAGCGUUAAUAUACAAUAUUUUACCACCUCACGUGGCAACCUAUUUUCUCUCAAGUGCGAGGCAUCACGACGAUCUCUACAGUCAGAGUUACGCCGAAGUUGGUGUACUAUUUGCUAGUAUGCCCAAUUUCGCCGAUUUUUACAGCGAGGAAAGUAUCAAUAAUCAAGGACUCGAGUGUCUAAGGUUUCUUAACGAAGUGAUCUCCGACUUUGAUGCUAUCUUGGAUCAAAAUAAAUUCAAGAACAUCAUUAAGAUCAAAACAAUAGGCUCAACUUAUAUGGCUGCCUCGGGUAUAACGGAAACAACAGAGACCGAAGAUAGUCCAAAAUGGGCUCACCUUUCAAUCCUCGUAGAAUUUGCUUUGGAAUUAAAGAAGGCUCUUUCGAGUAUUAACGAACAGAGCUUCAAUCAUUUCGUCCUAAAAAUGGGUAUUAAUCAUGGCCCGGUAACUGCCGGUGUUAUUGGUGCUCGAAAGCCUCAUUACGAUAUUUGGGGUAACACGGUAAACGUUGCUUCGCGAAUGGAAAGCACAGGAAAGGUUGGAUGUAUUCAGGUUACAGACGAGACGCGGAUGAUUUUGGAACCGUUUGGAUUUGGUUUCGAACAACGUGGCCUCGUCUUCGUCAAAGGAAAGGGUGAACUGUUCACGCACUAUUUGGUAUCUAAAGAUGGAGUGUCCCUCGAACUCGAUAGCGACCUUCCUAUCGAGCCAGCUCAUCCGAUUAUUUAUCAGUAACGAAAUUGGAGGCACUAAUGUCGUCAAAAAUUAAUAGUUCGUUGAUCGUUCAUCGAUUGUUCCGAGAAAAACGAUGUUAUAGGGAUAGUUCAUAUCUGUUCCUUUCUCUUUUUCUGUAUUGUCUCUCUCUUUCUCUCUCUCUCUCUCUCUCUCUCUCGCUCUCUUCUACCUGUCUCUCUCGCUCUUUCUAACGCUUUUUUCUCGCUCAUUCUAGUCUUUCAUUAGAACUUACAAUUCGUAUUCGUGUUCAUAUAUAAUUACGGUUUAAAAUACUUAAACAAAAGGGUAAAAAAUCCCAAUAUAAAAUAAUUUCAUUAUUUAAAGAGAUCGUAAACUCGAGCUUCCUCUAGCCGAUGUAAUUUAUUUUUUUACACCCCAAAUCGUCGAGUUUAUCAUAGCACAAAAUGACACGAGUACGUGCAACGCACAGAGUAUUACAUUAAGGAGAAAAAAUAGAAACAGAGAGAUGCGAGUGCGAAAGGGAGGGAAAGAGAAGAGAGAAGAGAAAGUAAGAGGGAGAGGGUUGGGAAGUGAGCAGAGAAAAAGAGUAGGCGGAGGUGGGUGAUUAAAGGACAAAAGCAGGUAAUAGAAAGUUUGCAGAAAAAAAGGAACGGUAAAGUACGGCCUAAGCGCGAACGAAGCGAAUAAUUAAAAAAAGAAAAAGGAAAAAAGAUGGAAUGAUACACGAAGAAAGAAAAAUGUUAAAAAAAGAAAAGGAAAAAGAGGGAAAAAAAGAAAAAAAAAGAGAGAUGGUCGUAAUCUCCAAUAGAAAUAACCCAAAUUCUUGAUUUAUAUACGAAUUCACGAUUUUUCCGAAAGAAACAUCCUAAAUCUUUUGCUGCUGCUACGCUAACGAUAAAAAUUAUUCUUUAAAUAAACUGUAUUGUUUAAACGAUCGAAACAAUAAUAGGAAAGGAGAGAAAAGCCCAUAAU